CUCAAAGCAAAUGUCUAAUUUUGUGUAUGUCAAAAAUUAUUUAUUUUCGUCCAAAAACUAAGAAUUCCUGUGAUAAGUCAUCGAAGAAUGUGAGUGUUUAAAUCUAGUUUAUAACUUGGUUCUUGCAAGGCAAGAAUUAGAAUACAGUGGUCUUUUGUGCAUUUUUGGUUAUCCGAAUACUUGGUUUAGAGUCCCGGAUACUACGUGUUUAAUAUAUGCAGAGUUUAUUUUAGUUGCAGUUAGAAUAUGAGAUAAGCCAAGUUUCAGGUUAAGAUUCAGGUAGAGUGAAAAGUCAACAUUACACAAUUUGCUGAAAUUUAGAAUGAACGCCAUCAGAAAUCUCGUUCCAAAAAAAACCCCCGUGACGGAGGAAUAUGAAAUUACAAAGCAAGUUUUGGGCUUGGGGAUUAAUGGAAAGGUGGUGGAGUGUUUUUCAAAAAAAACCAAAGAAAAGUUUGCUUUGAAGAUUCUUAUUGAGAGCGAGAAGGCUAAGAGAGAAGUGAAUUUGCAUUGGAGAGCAAGUGGCGGAUGCAGGCAUAUUGUCAACAUAAUAGAUGUAUUUGAAAACAAAUACCACAACAACACUUGCCUCUUGGUUAUCAUGGAAUGCAUGGAAGGUGGAGAAUUGUUUCAAAGGAUUCAGGACCGUCCUGAUGGGGCUUUUACCGAAAGAGAGGCUGCCCAAAUAAUGCAUGAGAUUUGCCUUGCUGUAAAGUAUCUGCACGACAUUAACAUUGCCCAUAGGGACCUCAAACCAGAAAAUUUGCUUUAUUCCAAGAAAGGUACUUAUGGAAUACUUAAAUUGACAGACUUUGGUUUCGCUAAAGAAACAAUAAAUAAGGAAACACUGCAGACGCCAUGUUACACUCCCUAUUAUGUUGCCCCUGAGGUGCUAGGACCGGAAAAGUAUGAUAAGAGCUGUGAUAUUUGGUCACUAGGAGUUAUUAUGUAUAUUUUAUUGUGUGGUUUUCCACCUUUUUAUAGCAGCCAUGGACUAGCUAUUUCUCCUGGGAUGAAGAAAAGGAUACGUACAGGACAAUAUACUUUUCCUUUGCCAGAGUGGCAAAAUGUUAGCCAAGACGCUAAAGAUCUCAUAAAGGGUAUGUUAAAUAUUGAUCCAGCAGAAAGACUUACCAUUGAAAAUGUGAUGAGUAACAGAUGGAUAGCGCAAUACACCGCCGUUCCUCAAACUCCACUUCACACAAAUAGAAUGCUGAAAGAGGGAGAGGAAUUGUGGCCAGAAGUACAGGAGGAAAUGACCAGAUCUUUAGCAACCAUGCGCGUUGACUAUGAUCAAGUACAAAUAAAACCUUUAGAAAAAUCGAACAAUUCCUUAUUGAAUAAGCGACGUAAAAAAGUUGUUAGCCCUAAGAAAAUUUAAUUGUUGAUAUGAAUGCUUUUAUUUCGAGGAUUUGGACCUGUAGCAUUUAUAUAUUGUUAUCUCACCUAGAUUUUAGAACACGUUAAAAUGUAUUCAGGAAAUAAGCAUCACAUAAUCGAUCGCACUAGAGAAAAAUUCGUUUAUAUCUAUUUUUUAAAAUGUUGGAAGUACAAUCCAUUGGUAAGAUUCUCUGUAAAUAUUAGCCCGUGCCUUCACUAUUUACUAAGCAAGUGUACAAGGUGUUAAAGGAAAUGCGGACAUUCUUUCAGGUUAAACUCGUAUAUAUAUGUCAUUCCCUUGACAGACAAGGCUGAAGUACUUAUAUUAGGGCAUUUUUUAGGUUUUUGGGAUACACUUUUUUUUAAAUAAACGAUGCCAUUCUUUCUGUACUGCAAGAAAUCCGGUCCUGAUAAAGGAGGACGUUAUAAAUUAUAUAAAAGUUAUUCAAACAAAAGCUGAGAAAUUGCCCACACUUUUCUGGACACCCUGUAUAUAAUUAUUUUAAAACAAAAAUUUAGUAGUAACAUUCACCGAAGUUUAAAAAUUGUCGAUGAAAUUCCUGUGCCAAAAUUUUGACUUUAAAAGUUUAUUUUGAAAGCGCAUGUUUUACUGAAACAAUUUUGUGACCCAAACACAACUUCCCAACAAUAAUAAACUGUUGUAGUAGUAUCAUGUAAAUGUACCCAGAAUAUACUAUUAAAAAUUUGACAAGACAAAAUUUUCCAAUUGUUCUAAAUUGGGAUAACAGGAAGUUUAAUUUAUGAUAAAUUCAUUAGUUAAUUUACAUUUAUUGUUCACUAAUAUUUUCCACAAGUACAUUUUCAUAUUGAAAUGUAUUUAGUAUUUUUGUAGGCAGAGUUAAAAAUAAAAUUAUUAAUUUGC